AUUAUCCUCAGAAACAAGCAUGCCUUUGGCUAUGGAUCACGUCAACUUGGGUCCACAAGCAUGGCUGAAUUCACCAUUGACACUGGCGACAAUCAUCCUGUAUCUGCGCCUCCAUACCACGCUUCUCCUCUCGCUCGCCAAACCAUCGACUGCACGAUUGCUGAGCUCCUGGAAGACGGUAUCAUCGAAGAAUCUGACUCUGCCUGGGCUUCACCAGCCAUUCUUGUCCGGCAGAAAGGGAAGGAUCGCUUU